AUGUCGGACGAAAUUGCUCCCGUACAGCUCAUCGAUGACUACAAGAGUGCUAAAGACCCUGCCAGAGUAGCUAAAGAUUUGGCUGCGGGAACUGCAGGAGGAAUUGCCCAAGUACUGGUAGGCCAGCCUUUUGAUACCACCAAAGUCCGUUUGCAGACUUCAUCAACGCCUACUUCGGCGGUGGAAGUCGUCAAAAAUCUGGUGUCGAAAGAGGGUCUGCGAGGCUUCUACAAGGGAACUCUCACGCCUUUGAUCGGUGUGGGUGCUUGCGUCUCGUGUCAAUUCGGCGUCAACGAGGCAAUGAAACGUUUUUUCAGAGGCGACAACCCCAAUCCUAGUGGUCUGCUCUCGCUUCCACAGUACUACACCUGCGGUUUCGUUGGUGGUAUCGCCAACGCAUUUCUAGCAUCGCCCAUAGAGCACGUAAGAAUCAGGCUACAAACUCAGACCGGCUCAGGCGCAGCUGUUGAGUUCAGCGGUCCUCUGGACUGCAUCAAAAAACUCGUCAAGGGCAAGGCCUUAAUGCGUGGACUCACACCGACUUUAUUAAGAGAAGCUCAUGGCUGUGGUACAUAUUUUCUAACUUAUGAGGCCCUAGUCUCCAAUCAGGUGCAGAAGGGUGUCUCACGGUCCGACAUUCCCGCCUGGAAGCUAUGCUGUUAUGGAGCUCUGUCAGGUACAGCUCUGUGGUUGAUGGUGUAUCCACUUGAUGUGAUCAAAUCGAUCAUGCAAACAGACAAGAUCAGUCAGCAAGUACACGGCAAGACCACGCUAGGAGUCACCAGAAAUGUCUAUGCAAAAUAUGGCUGGAAAGCUUUCUUCAAGGGUUUUGGUCCCACAAUGAUGAGAGCCGCUCCUGCAAACGCUGCUACUUUUGCAACAUUCGAACUAGCCAUGCGAACUUUGGGGUAG